AUGGCUACGUUCUUGCCCACUCCAACUACCGAAAGCCAAUUCCAUGGACUGGAGAACAUCGACCCAUUUCUGUCGCCUGCAACAAGCUGGGGUAUCGAUGAGUUCGCGCACGAUCCCAUUUAUCUGGCAUCACAAGAAGAACUACGCGAACUGUUAUUCACCACCGCCCGCUCUGCAGCGCCAACACGUGCGGGUACUCCUGUCGAGGAUGACGAUAUCAGUGGCGAACCGUCAUUUAACUUCAGCGUCAAGCAAAUUCUGGCCAAAGGUAGACGGGUCCAGUAUCUGAAAAAUUAUAUCUCUGCAGUAGCGCCCUGGCUGGAUAUGUUCGACAGCAACCGCGCCUUUGCCAUCCAACUGCCUGCGUUGGCCAAAGAAUCAUGCCCACUUCUAUUUGCUAUACUAGCCAUUGGGGCUCGCCAACUAGAACGGAAAGAAAAAACACAAUCGUCGUUCGAUAGCCUCGAGUUAUACCAGGAGGCGAUUCGGCUUCUCACCCCAUUGCUCCAGGCCAGAGACACUCACGUCAUUGCUGCAUGUGUCGUCCUAUGCUGUCUAGAAAUGUUCUCGGCAAGCGCGCAAGAUUGGCGAAGCCAUCUAGAAGGCUGCGCAGCCGUGUUCGACGCAUUCGGCGUCAAUGGGUUCAGCGGAGAUGUUCUCCAGGCUGUGUUCUGGUGCUAUGCAAGGAUGGACGUGUGUGGUGCUCUCAUCUCAGAUGGCGCCGAAAGCACCUUGCUCAAACCUAAGAAAUGGCUGCCUCCGAACGUCUCGGAAGAACUCGCUGAGUCAAUGUUUUGCAACGCAUCUUCCGCAGACAUGUACGCAAACUACGCAGUGUACUUGUGCGCAAAGGCAUGCGAACUCAUCUCUGAGCGUAACAGAUUCGUCGAGCUCGGCGAAGACAAUGGCUGCAACACAGAAAGCUUCUCUGAUAGAUGGUUCAAACUAUGGGAUCAGCUCAGCCGUUGGAGCGCCAAUCGGCCAAGAGAGAUUUCGCCGGUUUUCACUACCGCUUCCCUCCCAUUUCCGAAAGAAUUCUUCGCCCACUGGGCAGCUAUAUCUUCAAACCAGCUUUACCACACUGCAUGUGUGCUUCUGUUGUCUGCAAGCCCGAAGAACAAAGCAUUGUUGGUACCCUCGCCCACUACUUCCAUUCUCUGGCACGCCAAACGGAUAUGUGGCAUCUCUCUAGCAAAUCCUCAUGAAGGAUGCCUCAACAACGCCAUUCAGCCACUCUGGAUCGCGGGUCGCCUUCUAAGUCAUAGCUCUGAACAGACACUAGUCGUCAAAACUAUCCGCCAUAUUGAGGCCUUGACAGGGUGGACAGCUUGCUGGCGUGCUCGAGAUCUUGAGCAAUUCUAUGGGCACAAGACUCGAGGCGUUGUAUAA